AUGAAAAAGGGAAACCCAGCAAGCAGUAAAUUGCUCCAAAAGAAAUGGCGAUAAAAGGACUAUGAGGGUCAUCUUGCAAGACUCCAAUAAGUUCGUCCUGGAUUAGAAUUGAAUGCACCAGGUCAGUUCAACCAUUUAAAAACCAAAGCUAAAAAAGAGCAAAUUCUUGAAGUCCAACAGCCAACCCACAUCAAUAUGGGAUUGACCUAGUAAAACUCCUAAAUGAACUCAAUUGAGGAAAAAAAGAGUCUCAAUCGUGAUUUUAGAAAAAGAGAGUUGCUCAGAGUCACACUUGAAAACUAUGAAUUCCUUAAACGUCUGAACCAAAAAGGAAGUGCUUACAGUGUAACUAAAUGGGAGGAAGAAUUUAAGUAAAAGGAGAAGCUAUUAAAGAGCUUAAGUGAAUUCCCAUAAUUUUAUGAGGGUCAUGCCGCUACCUAAACAUCAUUUAAUACAAAAAGGAUCUCUAAGAGAACGUAUGAAAAGACUGAAAGAUCUAGAGCAGAUAGCGUAAACAACACUAUUUUACAACCGUCAGAGUAAAAACAAAAAAUCAUCAAGAUUCAUGAGGAGAUGCUUAUUAAAAUAACAAAGAAUGCGAAUCUUAUGAGUCCUGAGACUUUCAAGUACUAUACAACAAAAUAUAUGAAAAAAGAACUAUUUGACAUUCAUAUCUACCGAACUAGGGAUGAGAUAUUCCUAAUUGACCUGCCAAAACCAAAAUCUAUUGAAGUCCUAGCUUCCUUUGACAAUGACUAUGAGCUAUUGUGCGAUUUCCUAGACAUAAAGAAAAACAGAUUGGUCAUUUUAAAUCCUAAAAAAGCUAAUAAGAAUAGAGCUUUAAGCUAGAAACCUCUCAACUAGAGUCCAGAGAUGCAGGAAGUGCAAGAAGAUCGUGUGCCCAAUCAUUAAAUGUAAGACUCAUAAACUGAAAAUCCAGUUGAUUUGGAUAAGCAACAAGUUAUUGAAGGCUCGCUUGAUAAUGUUUCUCAAUGA